ACGACGACGACGACGACGACGACGACGAGAGCGACGACGAUGAUGAUAAUGAUGAUGUCGGGCUCGCCGGUGCCCGAUUGCCGGAAGUGAGAAGUGCGCAAGGGUGGGCUGCGGGCAGGCCUGGAUCACGCAACUCGUGUUGCCGGGCCGGAGACGGAGCGCACGAGGGCAUGGUAUAAUCGCCGGACAGACAUGGGUGCACAACAGACCAAGGACAGGGUAAUCCCCGCCGGGUCGACCGUGCGGCAGACGCGCAAGCAGCCCAGGAACCUUAAGGAAUCGCGCAUCGUAGGCUCUAACAUUUUCACCGAGCACAGUGAGGCACUUUUGCAAAGUAGGCCGCUACCUCACAUUCCAGCAUUGCCAGAAGGUGAUCCUCCAAGUGGCUCUAGUGUUCAAUCAAUUUCACAGCAAACAAAUGUUCAACAACAUACUAGUGUGUCUGCUACUGGACUUCUUGAAGCAGCAAAUAGAUGGACCAGCAAAGAAAAUCUGUUGGCGCAAGAGGAAGAUGAUCCUCAGUUAUUUGUCGCCUUGUAUGAUUUUCAAGCUGGUGGGGAGAAUCAGCUGAGUCUGAAGAAAGGCGAGCAAGUUCGUAUCCUAAGUUACAACAAAAGUGGCGAAUGGUGCGAGGCCCACUCGAGUACCGGGCAAGUGGGAUGGGUACCGUCGAAUUACGUGACUCCUGUAAACUCCUUGGAGAAACAUUCGUGGUAUCACGGAAGAAUAUCGAGGAACGCUGCCGAGUAUCUUUUGAGUUCGGGGAUAAAUGGCAGUUUUCUUGUACGAGAGUCGGAAAGCAGUCCUGGCCAGCGCAGCAUCUCGCUGAGAUACGAAGGUCGUGUGUACCACUACAGGAUCAAUGAGGACAGCGAAGGCAAAAUGUUUGUGACGACGGAGAGCAAGUUCAACACGCUGGCUGAACUGGUGCAUCAUCAUUCAAUGCUUGCCGAUGGCCUCAUCACGCAAUUACUGUACCCCGCGCCAAAGCACAAUAAGCCUACCGUCUUCCCGUUAAGCCCAGAGCCGGACGAAUGGGAGAUCAAUAGAACGGACAUAGUGAUGAGGCAUAAGUUAGGAGGUGGCCAAUAUGGCGACGUAUACGAAGCAGUUUGGAAGAGAUACAACAUGACCGUGGCUGUUAAAACGCUCAAAGAGGAUACAAUGGCUCUGAAGGAUUUCCUGGAGGAAGCUGCCAUAAUGAAGGAAAUGAAGCAUAGGAACCUGGUGCAACUGCUGGGAGUCUGUACGCGCGAGCCGCCGUUCUACAUCAUCACCGAGUUCAUGAGCAAGGGAAACCUGUUGGACUAUCUGCGAAACGAGAGCAAACACCAGAUCAAUGCCGUGGUACUGAUGCAUAUGGCCACGCAGAUCGCUAGCGGCAUGAAUUACUUAGAGAGUAGGAACUUUAUUCAUCGCGACUUGGCUGCCAGGAAUUGCCUAGUCGGCGAGAACCAUCUCGUCAAGGUCGCGGAUUUCGGUCUAGCUCGUCUCAUGAGGGACGACACAUACACAGCUCACGCUGGUGCGAAAUUCCCCAUAAAAUGGACCGCGCCAGAAGGUCUAGCGUACAAUAAAUUCUCUACGAAGUCUGACGUUUGGGCAUUCGGGAUUCUGCUGUGGGAGAUCGCCACCUACGGCAUGUCCCCGUAUCCUGGUGUCGACCUGACUGACGUUUACCACAUGCUGGAGAAAGGCUAUCGGAUGGAUUGUCCGCCCGGUUGCCCGCCGAAGGUCUACGAACUGAUGCGUCAGUGUUGGCAGUGGUCAGCGGCAGAUCGGCCAACUUUCAAGGAGAUACACCACUCGUUAGAAAAUAUGUUUCAAGAAUCGAGCAUCACUGAAGAAGUAGAGAAGCAGCUUCAGGGCGGCGGGGAGAUUCCGUUACUUUCAUACAAGAAAUCACAGACUGGAAGCACGGGAAAUAUACACGGACUCGUUCUCGUAUCCGAGCAGUUGUCUUCUUCGGGCAUAACGCAAGAAGGAGCCAGUUCGGUCACUAAACUGAGCACAUUUAUGGGUGGUUUGUCAAGUAGGAGUAACAGCAACAUGGUCCAAAUGCGAAGAUCGACCAAUAAGAAAGGAAAGCAAGCGCCGGCGCCUCCUAAGCGAACAAGCCUGUUGUCAUCGUGCAGUUCAUUCCGAGACUCCGCCUAUCAAGAGCAAGACCAGCAAAAUGUCGAAGUGAGCACUAUGACGCUUGACGAUGGCACAGAUCUAAAUGGUAUUGAUAAGAUUUUUGAAGGUAUCACACGUGAUCUCGUGACAAUGGCUACACAGUCAAUUACUACAGGAGGUUGCGAUAUGGACGACGACGGAGAUGGGUCGCAAGGGACAGCAGAACAUAACUUUAUUCCUCCACCGUCAACCUCGCCGGAACCUGUAUCCAACUUACCGUGCAAUCAGAAACAAAUUAAAUCUCGACCUUACACGUCUAAGGAGCUAGUACAUGUGGGUGCACUGGAGGUGCAAAAUGUUAAACGGGCGAUCAAUCGCUACGGCACGCUGCCGAAGGGCGCCAGAAUCGGGGCGUACUUGGAAUCGCUGCGGCAGAGCGGCAUGCCGUCGAAUCAAGAGAACGUCGUCCCGGUCGCGGCCACUUUGUCCACCGCUAUGGAGCAGCAGCAACAACAACAGCAGCAGGAGACCGCGGGUGUCGUCGACUCCGCGCCGCAGCAUCGCUCACUUUCACCUCGCCAGAACAACCUGCGUAGCCAGCCACAGAUGACGCGUAGCAAUUCCUCGAGCGGCGUCGUCAAUACCUAUCAGCCGCCAAACUCUCCGCGUAGUCGCGCCGUUGCCGUUCGCAAGAACAACGUGGACGGCGGCAUCGGCCUGCGGACGUUCCGCGCGCCUAACAACUCCAGCUUUCGCACCGCCAGCCCGUCCAGAUCGAUCCAGCCGACUCUGGCCGACCUGGAGUUCCCGCCGCCGCCGGUGGAUCUACCGCCACCUCCGGACGAAGUCUUUAGCGAUCAGUGCGACUUGCCGCCACCGGCGACUGCGUCGCCGUGCACCGAAACCUCUCACAAGACAGCAGCCGGCUCACCGGUCGGUAUCAGGAAGCUGAAGGCAGAGUGGAGAAGCAAAGACGAGGCGAGUGACGAUCAGGAGGAACGGAACAGCGACGUGAGGAACUCGGAGCCGUCGGUGAAGGAGGCUAGCUCACGAUUCGGCGUGAACCUGCGACGCCGGGAUGCGUCGAGCGACGCGCAUUGCGGCAUUGGUAAGCCCACGGAUGAAAAGAAGAUAGUGUACAAGCCCAAGGAGACGAGCAGCAUGAUCACGAAGAUCGAGCCGCCGGAUGCGCCUGUCGCAGCGCCUGAGGAGGCGCCACCGCCACCUCCGCCGCCGCCGCCGCCCAUCGGCGCUGGUAGUAGCACCGACACGUUCGAGUCGAAACCCGGUAUGAAGGAGAUGCUAGAGCUUAAGCUGAUAAACGAGAUCAAGCAGAGCGCGGAUAUGAAGCACGGUGCUAGUACCACGAAGAAGACCGGCACUGCUAGCAACGCGCCUUCGUCCGCAGUGCCGCUCGAUCCGGCUUCUCAGUUACUGUCUGAGCUGUGCGCCAGCUUCAGCAUGGAUUCCUCGAGCAAGCAGCAGCACGUUGCUACUUCCAGCGAGUAUGCGAUCACGACGCUGAAGAGUAGCGGUGAUGCGAUGAAUAUCGGCGGCAUUCAAGAGCAUCAUGCGACCACGCAGACCACAUUCGAUAGAAAUACCGGUCACAAGGAGAUACCAUUGACCUCACCCAUCACGGAAGGUAUACUGAGCGCCACCAACGUGGGUUUCAAACUGAAGAAGGUCGACAAGAGGAGCAACGUGCAGAAGGAGGAGAACUCGGACGGCCAGCAGAUCAUCGAUUUCAAGGCCCGACUGCGAAAGGUAGACAACGCUGACAAGGAUCGAGCCGCGGACGAGAAGAGUAGGCGCUUCGACGACACGGCCAGUACCGUUGCGGACUCGACCGAGUCGUCUGGUAUGGACGAUCCGAACGACGACAAGCGCCGUAGCACCGGCAGUAUUAGUAGCCUAAAGAAACUGUGGGAGAAUAAAGAGGCUUCUUGUGAUAACCAACCGCUUAGUCCUAAAUUAAACGUGCGGGGACCGGGAAAACAGGACGUCGGCGACGCCAGCGAAGACUCGCCGGAGGAUCACAGCGGCGCGUCCACCAGGAGUUCGGCCAGCAAGGACGAUCCACGAAUCUGGCCGCCGCCGCCAUCGUCCUCUUCGGUGGCCACAUCGGCGGAAAUGGAGAAGCCGAUCGUGCCGGCGAAGCCGCUGAAACCUCUCGGGCCCUCCAGCAAGCACUUUGGUUCCUCCAUAUACGCUACACCCAAUUGCAACAAACCGCCAUUGUCACAGAGUGACGACGACAGCGGCGGCAAGCAAGCUGGCGGUGGCGGCGGUGGUAGUGGUGGCGAGUCCGCGAAGGGCGCAAAGCACAGCGUGAUCGAGAUCUCGAACGUCAUAGAGAACAGCAUCCUCAAUUUAAAGGGCAGCCCCACCAUCGUCAUGGCCAGUUGGCUGCAGCUGUCCGACAAAGUAGGCCUGCUGCACGGCAUGUGCGUUAAUCUCACGGACACAGCGAUCGCGCCCCACGCUAGGUUCCAAUUCCGCGACCUGCUCACCAGGCUGGAGCUGCAGGCGAGGCAGUUGCGGGCCGCCGGCACGCGUAACAUCACCGAGAAUACGAGACUGUUGAGUGACGUGCAGAACACGAUAAAGGACGUGAUAAACACGGUGCAGAGAUAAAACUGCGAGCCGGCAAGUUUGGGAAAAUCAAAACAUGACGCGUCUCCUCCACCCUCUCGCGACUUCUCUUAUUCACCCCACCCCUGGCACCCGCCUGUCCAAAGUGUUUUCCUCUUGUGGAUCGAGGAAUUCAUCGGUUUCCGUGUCUCUUUCACUCUCCAUCUCUUCAUCAUCAUUUGCAUCUCUUUUUUUUCUCUCUCUCUCUCUCUCUCUCUCUCUCUC